CUUGCCGCUCGUCUUUGUAUCCAAUUAGUAAAUCGUGCAGUAUGCUUUGUGCAUGGAAUCGUCUCGCGAAUCGGGACCCUUCCAUGUCGUUGAAACCGGUUUGCUUUGAUUUACCGAUUGCUUCUCAAUAGCUGCAUCUGCGUUUCAGCGAGCGGGCGGCUCCCUACUGUCGUAAAGAUGAAUAAGUUAUACUUAAUAAUUGCAAUUUUAUCAGCAGUUGCAAUAUUUGCUGUGCGAAGUGAUGAAACGCCAUCGGAACAAUGCCCAGGUCUACAGUUUGAUAAUCUUCGAGAGAGAAUCCAGGUGCAACCAUGUGGGAAGUCACAUUGCAAGCUGCGUAAAGGAACAAACACAACCGUGGUCUUCAAAUUCAAACCAAAACAAGUUGUCACAAAACUUACGAAUAACGUCUAUGCUGUAAUCGCUGGUCUGCCUUUGCCUUUCGUCGGCGUGGCCGGAGUGAGCGCGUGCACUCAGGUGAAGCACGCCGACACCGGGGAAAGCGCGCCUUGUCCACUCGCCCCCAACAAGGAAUACAUCUACACUAAUUCAUUCCACAUUGAGUCCUUCUAUCCACAAGUGCCACUCCGCGUCCACUGGGGCCUCAACGAUGGCAAAGAGGAUGUGGUGUGUUUUGAAGUACCGGCAGUAAUUACUGCGGCGUCUAAGAAGAAUUAAAUUUUGAAAACUAUUUCUGGUUUUUCCAAAUUGUAGUUAGCAUGAUUGUACUGGACAUAAUUAUCUUGUAAAUUAAAGGUUGUAGUUUUGUCUUGAGAGACUUAUUUUUAUAAUAAAUCUAUAAUACGCAAUAAAACAGUAUUUUAUUACAA